AUUAUUCUACAUGUACCUAUAUAGACUAACUUGGGCUAACUGUCAAGAUAACAAGAUAACCAAAAUAACUAGGUAACAAUUUUUGUGAUCAUUGAAUGUUUUUAUAACUGUGACUGUGACUAAAAGAUAACUUGUAAAAUUUAAAAAGCACUACAUUUUUGCGAUAUGUAAAUAACUUAUACGAAGAUGAGCGACAUUAAGAAAAGAAAUAAGUCCAACAUCAAGAAUCAAAGGAUUCUUAAACAUGAAAAUGAUAAAGCUCCAGAAAAAGUAUCUAUUAACAAAGGGUUACCGCUGAGAGUAAUUUCUCGUGUUGUCGUAAUUAUUUCAUUACUUAUUGUUGUUUAUUACACAUCCAAAAACAAUGUGCAAACGUUUGCAAAACAAACCGAACUUCUACCUGGAAAAGGUCAAGUUGUUGACUGUUCGAGAGAAUACAUCAAUGAAAUAGAUAAGUAUGAAGGGUGCGUUCCGAAAUAUUGCAAGAGAUUUGUUACUGACAAAGUAAUCUCGUUACGAGAAACCGAAGAGUUAAUAAAAAUAGCCCAAAAAGGCUUAAGACAUGGAGGCUCCUCUGGAGGUGCUUCUAUAUUUGACUUACACAGUGGGGCACUAUCAAAAGGACCACAUUUUGUAAAUGUGUAUAAAAUUAAAGAACUGAAAAAUCAUUUUACACAAGAAGGUUUUAAUACUUUUAGGGCUGUCAAAGAAAAAAUUAAAUACACAAUUGCACACCAUUUUGGUGUCCAGCCGGAUAAAAUAUACUUGACACACCCAACUUUCUUCUCUAAAAUAACACCUAAGCCAGCAGUGACAAUUCAUGAUGAAUACUGGCAUCCUCAUGUUGAUAAGGAAACCUACAAAUCCUUUCAUUACACAUCAUUGCUUUAUCUCGGUGAUUACAAUAUUGACUUCAAAGGAGGUCGAUUUGUAUUCAUUGAUGAAAAAUAUAAUAGCACAAUAGAACCGAGGAAGGGAAGACUUAGUAUUUUUACCAGUGGCAGAGAAAAUUUUCAUUAUGUGGAGAAAGUUACUGCGGGUGUGAGAUAUGCAAUAACAAUAUCAUUUACGUGUGAUAAAAAUUUUGCUAUAUCAGAUCCUAGUCACGAUAAUUUUAGUGAUUGAUAAAAUUCAAUUAACAUUCCAAAGUCAAUAGUAAAUAUUUGAGGUCUAUUAUAUACCGAUGUAAUAAACUAAAACUAUGGUUGAAAAAGUAUUAAGUAUUUAUACAGUAAACUGAUCUCAUCUAUAUUAAAAUCUAUACCUAUAUAAAGAAGAAGUAUUAAUAAUGUCAACCAAAUUGAAUUUCUAUUAAAAAUGUAGUAAAGAUGGAUUUUUUAAACUUAAA